AUGUCUACUGAAUUCGAAUCGAGUCACCUAUCUUCAAAACAAGAUGUACCAGUUACUAUAUCAAGUGUGGAAAUCGACCCUCAAGCGGAGCGGGCAUUGGUCUGGAAAUUUGAUCUUCGACUCCUUCCUGUGUUAGCGAUCAUGUAUCUGUUCAACAGUCUGGAUAAGUCCAAUUUAGGAAAUGCUAAGACCGCUGGACUUGAAGAAUCACUCUCACUCAAGGGCAAUCAGUAUAACCUGCUUCUGAGCAUUUUCUUUGUCCCUUACGUUUUGACUGCACCUUUCCUCGGUCUUCUAGGGAAAAAAUAUGGACCAAAUAUUGUGCUGCCCUGCAUGAUGCUUGCCUUUGGUAUUUGUACGAUUCUUGUUGUCACUGUGUUCAACUUCGGUGGUCUCUUGGCUAUUAGAUGGUUUUUGGGUAUGGCCGAGAGCGCCUUUUUUCCAUUGGUGAUCUAUUAUCAAACAACUUUCUACCGCCGGGGAGAGCUAGCCCGCCGACUGGCGAUCUUCUACGCUGCUCAAACCAUUGCCUCGGCCUUCUCUGGCUUGCUGGCAUUUGGAAUCUUCCGUAUCAACACGGGCCCAUUGGCCCCUUGGCGGUACUUGUUCUUGAUCGAAGGCGCAGGGACGAUCCUUUUUGCACUAUUUGCACUCUGGUAUCUGCCUCGGUCAGCAUCCGAGGCAACAUUUCUAACACCCGAAGAGAAAGAACUCGCAUACCUUCGUUUGCAGAUUGAUAGCUCUUCUGUGGUCAAUGAAAAGCUCGACAUCCGGGAUGCAUUCCGAGUAUUCAAACAUGGAACUAGUUGGGUGAUUUUAGCUAUCCAAGUUUGCCUGGGUGUUCCGCUGCAAGCUGUUCAGCUUUUUCUCCCAGUGAUUAUCCAGCGCCUUGGAUACAGUACCGUGAAGACCAACCUAUUCACUGUCGCCCCCAAUAUCUCCGGUGCUGCGGUUCUCCUCAUCUUGGCCUUCAGCAGUGACUGGACGAGAUGGAGAUUCCCAUUCAUUGCACUCGGUUUCUUAUUCACCUUCGUGGGGUUCGUGAUUUAUGCGACUAUCGAUGUGCAGCAGGAUCUAAAUGUGGCUUAUUUCGCUUCAUUUCUGAUGACCUGGGGUACAUCUGCGCCUUCCGUUCUUCUCGACGCUUGGUAUAACAACAACACUGCGAAUGAAGGGCGCCGCGUGGUACUAACGAGUAUUGCGGUCCCAUUGGCGAACUUGAUGGGGGUUGUCAGCUCGAAUAUCUUUCGCAAGCAAGAUGCGCCUAAUUAUCUUCCAGCUUUAAUCACCACGGCGUCAUUUGGUGGGGUUGGUAUUAUCUUGACACUCUGUCUUGGGCUCUGGAUGAUGGCGGAUAAUAGGAAGAGAGACCGACUGCAAGGUGUUCAUCUCAAGGCACGGGAUAUUCCUACGGAAUUUCUCAAGGAUGGGCCUGCGUGCGACAGCUUCCGCUGGUUUUAUUGA